AAAUGUAACACUUACUUACUUACUAGUGUAUCAGCAUUACAAUCGAAUGGGUAUUGGGAUAACGUAAUACGUGUUUUUGAAUGUGCUAAUAAAUAAAGUUUCUGUGAAUUUAAUUGAAUGUAUAUAGGUAGCUAAAAUGUACGCAAUUUUAAAAAUCGUUGCUCUGCUUUUUGUCGGAAUUAUUAAAUCAGAAGAAUUGGAACCUUACCAAUUAAGUGAAUUUUUGGAAGGCUCUUUUAGAAAUAGAGGCUUCAACGGAACGUGGGUUUCUGAUGAUAUUUUAAUGUAUAGGCACAAUUCGAGUUUGUACUUUUUUUAUCCAGAAACUGAAACAUCGGAACUGUUUUUUCGUAGAACAGACUUAAGUGGCUUUGGUAGUUAUUCACUGUCAUUAUCACCAGAUAGAAGAUACUUUUUGAUACAGUACAACACUACGAGCAUUUUUAGACAUUCUACCGUUGCACAGUUCAGUAUAGUAGAUGUAAAUACUGGUGAAAUUUAUAAUAUUGCCGAUUCAGAGUUUCUGUCAUAUGCUACUUGGGACAAAAGUGGAAAUGGUAUCGCUUAUGUGUUCGAAAAUAACAUUUAUUAUAUUGAUUCACCACCACAAGUUACCAAUGCUAAACAGAUUACAACAGACGGAAUAGUGAAUGUAAUUUACAAUGGAGUCCCCGACUGGGUUUACGAAGAGGAAGUUCUGUCGUCUGGUUCAGCCAUGUGGUUUUCUCCGAGUGGAGAUAAAUUGGUGUUUGCCUUCUUCAACGACACGGAAGUCGAAGAAUUUUCUUAUUAUUUGUACGGAGCUCCUGGAAACGCGAUAGACAACUAUCCCGAAGAAGUACAUUUACGGUACCCAAAAGUUGGAAGCAAAAAUCCCGAUGUUCUCUUGAAGUAUAUCGAUUUAAGCAACAACAGUAGCGAGGUUGUUGCCUUAAAUAUAAUUCCAUUCGAUAUUGUCUCUAAUGAGUAUGUUAUUUACACAGUUGGUUGGGCAACUAAUGAGGAUGUCGUAGCUAUUAUAAAAAAUAGAGUGCAGAAUAGAGCAGCUGUUUGUAGAUGCAGAGUGGCAGAAAACAAUUGCUAUGUUGAGAGCAUAAUUGAAGAAAACAGAGGUUGGCUUGACCUUCAAGCUCCUGUUUACAAUUCUGAUGGGACACUAAGGUUGAUGAUUUUGGCUCAACCUGAAGGCGAAGACACUUAUCAACACAUGGUUCUUACCAACACCUCGAAUAAUUCAUCCGUACGAUUAACACACGGGCGAAAGAUAGUUUCAUCUUUAUACGGAUGGGAUGAAGAGCGAAAUUUGGUGUAUUACUUAGGAACUACUGAAGAAAAUUCAGCACAGCGACAUGUUUUUUCUGUUAACGUAGUCACUUCCGAAAUCAUUUGCAUCAGUUGCGGAUUUGAAACUCCUGAUGGUAAUUGUACGUAUGCUGCAGCCUCGUUCAGUAAAAAUUUUUCGUAUUUUGCGAAAGUGUGCCAGUCUUCACCCAAUUACGCUGUCAUUCAAAGCACCACCACUCCUUCAAAUGCGUAUCUCUGGUUAGAUAAUACCGCCAUAAGGGAACAAUUGCAAAGGAAAUUGCAACCUACUGCAAGACAUUUGAAUGUUACCCUAGAAAGCGGUUUUGUAGCAAAAGUGAAGCUUCUUUUACCACCAGGAUUUGACGAAACUAACACUUCAAUUAAAUAUCCAAUGAUUGUUAAUGUUUACGCUGGUCCAGGAGAUGUUCGAAUUACGGACGCGUUUUCUAACGGCUUCGAGAAAUACAUUACUACAAAUCGAAAAUACAUAUACGCUUACAUAGACGGAAGAGGCAGUGGCAGAAGAGAAGAUAGUUUACGAUUCCAAAUAUACAGGCGAAUGGGCACAGUUGAAAUAGAGGAUCAAGUUGCGGUUACAAAAUAUUUAAGGGAUACCUAUUCAUGGAUAGAUCCUGAAAGAAUUUGCAUUUGGGGAUGGAGUUACGGCGGUUUUGCAACGGCUUGGGCUUUAGUUUAUGACAACGAGAAGAUUUUUAAUUGCUUUUUAUCUGUUGCUCCAGUUACAAAUUUUGUCUACUAUGAUACAAUAUAUACAGAGAGAUACAUGGGCCUUCCAACGGUAGAAGAUAAUCGGGUGGGGUACAACAACACCGAUCUGACAAGGAGGGUUGAAUCGUUUAGAGGUAGAAAGUUUUAUAUAAUUCAUGGCAGUGCCGACGACAACGUUCACUACCAAAAUACCGCCAUGCUCCUGAAAGCUCUAGAAGAGGCUGAUAUAUCAUUUUCUGAACAGACUUAUGUGGACGACGCUCAUUCAAUUGCGAGCUAUUCACCACAUCUUUAUCGUACCAUCGACCGCUAUUUUGCAAGAAGUUUCGGACUCGGCGACCCAACUUACGAUUAGGGAUAAAUUAAUUAGAUGCAACGUUAAUUUCUUUCGGUACAUUAAAUUCUAAUAAUGUUUUAUAAAUAGGUUUAUAUAUAAUUGGAGUUAUGAGAGAAUAAGUAAUUAAUUAAUUAUAAAAGUCUGUAAAGAUCUUUGACAUAUCCAGAACAAAACAAGUCUUUGUAAAUGCAGUUGAAUUGGUUUAAUAAAUU